AUGACUGCCAUUAAAAUUGAUAUAAUGUCAAACGACAACAAUAUCAGUAAUGGAAACAGUUCAUCAGAAAUAGACAAUUUAAAACGAAGGCAUCUAACAAAUAUAAACGGCUCUCCCUACUCUAAAAAUGCUUACCACCCCAUUCCUUUAGAACCUUCUGAAUAUGAUGAAAAUGGAAAAUUUUUAAAACCAAUACGUUUACCUCAAAACAAGUAUCUUGCAUUUUGUUUUGAAAAUUAUGAUAUUUUAUUGCCCGUAUUUUUUACAUUUUUAUCAUUUUGGACAAGAUUUUAUUUAAUUUCAUUAUCAAAUAUUGUUGUGUGGGAUGAGGCUCAUUUUGGAAAGUUUGGAUCAUAUUACCUUAAAAGGGAAUUUUAUUUUGAUGUCCAUCCACCCCUUGGAAAAAUGCUUGUUGGUUUAGCAGGUUUAUUAGCAGGAUAUAAUGGACAUUUUGAUUUUCCAUCUGGUGAAAAAUACCCCGAUGAUGUAAAUUAUGUAUUUAUGAGAGUAUUUUUAGCAUCUUUUGAUACCGCUUAUGCUUGCAUUAGUCGAUUUAUUCUUUUAGACUCUAUGUUAUUAUUCUUUACAUUUGCAACUACAUUUUGUUUGGUAAAAUUUCACAAUAUGCGACAAGAACCUUUUUCAAUCGAUUGGUGGCUUUGGUUAUUUUUAACAGGUGCAUUCAUCGGAUGUGUUUCAAGUGUCAAAUGGGUUGGACUUUUUGUUACCGCUUUAGUUGGAAUUUACACAAUAGAAGAUCUUUGGGAUAAGUUUGGAGAUUUAACUAUGCCAAAAAUGAUUUAUCUUAAACAUUGGAUUGCCAGAAUUGUAUGUUUGAUUAUAUUGCCAAUCCUAAUUUAUAUGGGAUGUUUUGCUAUACAUUUUGCAAUUUUACAUAAUAGUGGGCCGGGCGAUGCUCAGAUGAGUUCUUUGUUUCAAGCAGGUCUUAGAGGAAAUGAUUUUUCUAAUAAUCCUUUAGAAUUAGCAUAUGGUUCUAAAAUUACCAUUAAAAACAUGGGUUAUGGUGGUGGUCUUUUACAUUCACAUGUUCAAACAUAUCCAACAGGAUCAGAACAACAGCAAGUCACAUGUUAUCAUUAUAAGGAUGUAAACAAUGAUUGGAUCGUGAAUAAACCAAGAGAUAACUUAACAAUAAAUAACGAGACUGAAAUAGAAUUUGUUAAAAAUAACGAUGUUGUAAGAUUAUUACAUGUAAACACAGGUAGAAAUUUACACAGCCAUCCAGUCAAUGCGCCAAUUACAAAAUCACAAUAUGAAGUUAGUGGAUAUGGUAAUGAUACAAUCGGUGACAAGAAUGAUUAUUGGAAUAUAGAAGUAGUCGGUGAUAUUUUAUAUGGCAAAACUGAUGAUAAAAUUAGAUCCUUGACGACUGCAUUUAGAUUUAAACAUCAUACCCUUGGAUGUUAUUUAAGAGCUGCUAAUUCUAUUUUGCCACAAUGGGGAUUUAAACAGGUCGAAGUUACUUGUGAUAAAAGAAACAAUCCUAGAGAUGUUCAUACUCAUUGGAAUAUUGAAAAACAUUGGAACGAUAAAUUGCCACCUGGAAAACAAGCAGUUUAUAAGUCAAAAUUUUUACAUGAUUUUUGGCAUUUAAAUGUAGCAAUGUAUACAACCAACAAUGCACUUGUACCGGAUCCUGAUAAAGAAGAUAUUUUAGCAUCAACGCCCCGUCAAUGGCCAAUAGUAGAAGUUGGUUUACGUAUGUGUAGUUGGGCUGAUGAUGCAGUAAAAUAUUAUUUACUUGGUAACCCUAUUGUAUGGUGGUCGGGCACUGCUUCUUUGAUAAUUUUUGUGUUUUUAUUUGCCUGGUAUAUUAUUAGAGCACAAAGAAAGUAUUCAGAUUUUUCAUCAGCACAAUGGGCACAUUUCUUAUAUGUUGGAAAAUUAUGUUGUAUAGGAUGGUUUUUACAUUAUAUACCAUUUUGUAUUAUGGGUAGAGUGACUUAUUUACAUCAUUAUUUUCCAGCUUUAUAUUUUAAGAUAUUAUUAGUAGGAUUUUUAUUUGAUCAUUUCACUUCUUCUCUAAAACCAAAAACAAAAGCAAUAGUCUUUGGUAUAAUGUAUUUGUUGGUUGUAGGAGUAUUCUUAUGGUUUAAAGAUAUUGUAUUUGGUAUGGAUUAUCCUAGUAGAGAUUAUCACGGUAGAAAAUGGCUUAGUACUUGGAAUAUUGUUGAUUAA